AUGCCGCCAGUUUCCGCAAAUAAAGGACUACGGAAGUUGAAUUUUUGUAUAGCUUUGAUUCUCUCUGCAUCUGCGACAGCUGGAUACAAUGCUAGUCAGAUCAACAGUUUGCUUGUGCUCCCCCAAUAUGGGCUUAGUUCCAAUGCUACCGGCUUGAUUAUCGCCGCAUUUUCCCUCGGCGCCUUCCUGACUUUCAUUCCAGCUUCAUAUGUUGCCGACAAUUAUGGUCGACGAAUCUGUGUCACUAUAGGCGCAGUCCUUGUCAUCACUGCAUCAAUUAUACAGGUUGCAUUUCAACACCACUGGGUAUUUUUCGGCGCCCGAGUAAUGACUGGAGUGGGUGUCGGUCUUUCGCAAACAGCAGCACCACUAUUGAUUGCUGAAACAGCACAUCCUCGUCAACGACGGACCUUAACGGGUCUUUACAAUGCCGUCUGGUUUUGCGGAUCAAUCACAGCAGCCGCCAUUGCAUUCUCCACAUUAUCACUCACAAAUAGUUGGUCAUGGCGGAUUCCAUGUCUACUGGAAGUGCUCUUCCCUUCCCUGCAACUAGUCGGCCUUUGGUUUAUGCCGGAGAGUCCGAGGUGGCUAGUGUCAAAGAAUCGGAAGGGGGAAGCCCUGGAAAUGCUCACACGAUAUCAUGCAAAUGGGGAUGUCGAUGAUCGGCUUGUUCAAGAGGAGUUUGACCAGAUAUGCAAGAGCAUUGAGGUUGAAGCAGACCUGAAGUCGGCCGCUCGCUGGAGUGCGUUCCUGAAAACCAAGGGUGAUAGACACCGCCUAGCAAUAUGCAUCCUCUUAGGCUUUAUGCAGGAAUGGACUGGAAAUGGUGUUAUUUCCUAUUACUUGGCUCCGAUUCUCUUGUCUGUUGGGAUAAGUGAUGCUUCUCAUCAAGCUGCUGUCAAUAUCAGUCUUCAGGUUUGGAAUUUGAUAUUUGCUGUGGCCGGAGCGAGCAGCUCGGACCGAUACGGCCGACGCCUUCUCUGGCUGAGUGCGACAACUUUGAUGCUCGUAUUUUUGUCAACGAGUACGACGAUGGCGGGCCUAUUUGCAGAGAUGAACUUGCUCGCGGCAGGCAUCACGGCUGUACCGAUGCUUUUCCUAUUUUGUGCGGCUUACGACUUCGCAUAUAUGCCCUUGUUCAUUGCCUACCCUGCUGAAAUAUUGCCUUUCCAACUCCGAGCCAAGGGACUGGCUAUUGCACUAACCACGGAUUCUGUGGCGUGCUUCUUCAACCAAUACGUUAACCCUGUGGCAUUUGAGGUCCUUCAGUGGAAGUACUUUAUCACUUAUAUAGGUUGUCUUGUGGUUGCCCUAUCCUUGAUCUACUUCUUCUUUCCUGAGACUCAGGGAAAAUCUUUGGAAGAGAUCUCGAAGAUCUUUGAGAAAGACGAGAUUACCCACGGGGAAAUUCCUGAGGAUUCGAAGGAGUUGGAAGAAGGAUCUUAUGGUCUGAGAAGUGACUCGGAUUAG